AGCGACAAAUAUUUUUACAAUCAACCAUAAAAAAGAUUGGUAUCUAAAGUAAUGGCAUAUCUUAAUGACAAAAAUAAAACAUUUUCAAUCGGUGUAUUGGAUUUCAACAUUAAAAGAGGUUGUCAAACCGAGGCAUUUUAACAUAUUUUUUUUUUCAGUAACACAUUUAGACAAACUAUUUCGGAGUUUAUAAAAUUUAAGGUAUGUAUAUUGUUACUAAAUAAAUUUUAAAAAGGAGAAAAUAAAGGAUUUUAAAGCUUUCGUUCCGUAGACCUCGGGUAACAUUGGUCACAGUGGCUGUAAUGUGAACGUUAUCAAAUAAUGAGUCAGAUAUCGUAAAACAAUUCAAAGGGAGAACAAGUAAAAGUUACCACGUCAUAUUUAUAUUGAAAAUGGAUACAGGACGCGUUGGAGCGUGCCACAAACUUGAAAACAAAAGGAGAAAAUUUCUUAUCGUAAUUAAUGACGUCGUUAAAAACAAAUAUGACGUAUAUGCCGAAUAUCUUGAUCAUUCGCACUCGGAGCUUGAGCACAACUUUGAAAAAUCUAAAAUGUUUGUCCGUCGUGCAUUAGUUAGACAAAAAGUGCUUCAAAAAUGUAUGAAAAUGCGCAGACGGAACGUUCACAUGGAGGAUCAAAGAUCCGUUUUCGGAAGGUAUGGUGGUAAACCAAUAGAAUCAUUUGGUAAAGAUAUUGAAAAAUUCAUGGCUUACAAUCAUCCAAAAAUGAGACGACAACGAUAUUUACAAAAAAUGCUGAAUGAAAGUUUAGAUAAAGGUACCAUUCUUAAACAAAACGUUAUAGAAGAUCGUGUCGCUGGAUGGAUGGAAAGGUCUUAUACGAAGUAUAAGCUUAAGAAAGCUAAACGGGAGAAAACAAAGCUAGAGCCAAUCAAAGAAAAGAAGGAAAGAUCUGUUGACAAAAGGUCAAUGCAACUUCGACUUCCGGUUUUGACUAAUCCAUUUUAUUCCGGGGCAAGAGAGACAGAAGCUGAAAUAUCAACAUCAGUGGACGCUGAUGUUUUGAAAAUUACUGAAGAUAUGGAGAAAGUGAACAUUGAGAAGGAGACUGAGAAACCUGAAACUAAGGUAGAGAAGAGAGCUACCCUCGUCCUGCCACCGAUAAGACCAACAAAAGCAAUGGUUGCGACUUAAAGAAGAAACUAUAUGUUGUUUAUUUGAAAUGUAAUAUAUAUAUAUUUAUUAUAUACCUAUAUAAAUUCUGUCAAAAUAAGCUUGCAUUUCACAAGAAAAUACGAACAGGCUGAAAAAAAUCUCGUAUUGUACCUUCCAAAAUCCCGUAUUGUACCUCCGUAUUGUAUGUUGCCGGACUACUUUCAUUAAAUAUGAAUGAGCUGA